UAAGAGCAGUGGUUUCGCCCGUCCGUGAAUUCAACAUGGAGGCGCAGGCGGCGCUGUGAGUUGCAGUGUUUGUGUCGUGUGGUCGCGCGCGCCAGCAGACGCCCAUGGAUCCCAGACAGAUCAGCGACGUGUACGAAGAAGUCAGCGGGCUCCCCGCGCCCGUCGGCGCGCACGUGGGCGAAGAGCAGCUGGCCGAGCUGCGGGUCCUCACCGUCACUGCAGAGUGGAGCCAGAGCGUGGUGACCCGGGCCUCCAGGCUUCGCUACUCACAGCAGUGGACCCUGAUCCCGGACAGCAACAACCGCAGGAGCCUGAGGACCGUGCUCUCACCGGGACCUUGCCUCCCCGUGUCUGGAGAGCUCGUCAGCGGACUCUCUCCUGUCAGAGGCCUGAGGGCCGUUGUCAGGGAGACGGGCGGCCGCCAGCUUCUGGAGGUUUGGGACCUCCACGGCCUCAGGAAGUGCUUGGACCUGACCGCCCUCGACAGACACGGACGGGUCCACGAUGACGCUCAGUUUGGCUGCUUGUCGUGGUCGGAGUGUGAAAAUAAGCUGCUGUACGUAGCUGAGCAGAGCAGGAAGAAGACAGACAGCCGUGAUGGGGACUACGCACGGUGGAAGGACAGGAGUGUGUACUGUGAGGACUGGGGCGAGGCUCUGGCCCAGAAAAGCAGCCCAGUCAUGUGCGUGGUGAACCUGCAGAGCGGCACGGUCAGCGUGCUGCAGGCCACGCCCCCUGACGUCUCACCUGGCCAGGCUCUGUGGGCUCCCGGGGGUCAGUCCGUCAUCUUCGUCGGCUGGUACCAUGAACCCUUCAGGCUUGGACUGAAAUUCUGUUCCAACCGCAGGUCGGCUCUGUUCAAACUGGACCUGGACGGACACUGUGAGCGUCUGUCUGGGGACGACCUGUCGGUGUCCUGUCCCAGGCUGAGCCCGGACGGCUCCACGCUGCUCUACCUGCAGGGCCGCGUGUUUGGGCCCCACAGCCAGUGCCUCAGCCUGCAGCAGCUGGACCUGAGGAGUGGGGACACGUCGCCCCUGCUGGACGUGGUGGACCGGCCGGCGGCUGGUGAGUUUGCGGGUGUUUAUGAAGCUCUGCCGCCCUGUUGCUGGUCUGCAGACAGCCAGAGAGUCGUGUUCAGCAGCGCAUGUAGGAACCAGAAGGAUCUCUUCAUGGUCGACAGACGAUCAAAGAAAGUCACAUCUCUCUCCCAUAUUCACAGUGAACCCCCUCUUCCUCCUCCACCCCCUCUUCAUCUUUAUCACCGGGACCACAAGAGAGAACAGGAAGCUCGCUCUGAUUCUCCCGAGGUCUAUGGCAGCUGGAAGCUUCUGACAGUUGAGAAGGACCUAAUGGUUGUGUGCUGCUCCAGCCCCAACACGCCACCCACUCUGAGGGUGGGUUUCCUCCCCUCAGCUGGGGAGCGCGUGACCUGGCGAACCCUGCAGCCGCCUGUCCUAACCUUUGAUUUCCACUGGAGCAUCUUGGACGUAACGCCGUCGCCCGAGGAGGACAACUCACAGUACUCUGGUUUAGACUUUGGGGCUGUUCUGGUGAAGCCAUCUCAUUCGCUCCACGAAGCCAAGCUCCCUCUAGUUGUCUUCAUCCAUGGCGGCCCUCACUCCCAGUUUGCCGCAGAGUGGAACAGCUUCACAGCUGGACUGGCCAAACUCGGCUUUGCUGUGCUGAUGGUGAACUACCGGGGAUCCACCGGCUUUGGCCAGCACAGCAUUUUGUCUCUGAUCGGCCAUAUUGGAAACCAGGAUGUAAAAGACGUGCAGAGGGCUGUGCUCACUGCGCUGCAGAGCGACACGGCGCUUGAUCCCAGUCGCUUGGCUGUGAUGGGCGGCUCUCACGGGGGUUUUCUGUCUUGCCAUCUGGUUGGUCAGUACCCAGACUUCUACAGAGCAUGUGCAGCCAGGAACCCCGUCAUCAACGCUGCCACUUUGAUGGGCACCAGCGAUAUAGUGGACUGGCGUUACACCAGUGUGGGGCUACAGUACUCGUAUGACCAGAUACCCACUGCUGAAGCUCUGGCUGCUAUGUUGGAGAAGUCACCCAUCACACAUGCUGCUCAGAUCAAGGCUCCGGUGCUUCUGAUGCUGGGAGCCAGAGACAGACGAGUGUCUCCUCACCAGGGUCUGGAGCUCUACAAAGCACUGAAGAGCAGAGCGUCAACUGUCAGAUUGUUGUGGUUCCCAGAAGAUGGCCAUUCUCUGUCCAAAGUGGACACACAGGCCGACUGCUUCCUCAACACGGUUCUGUGGUUGCACCAGCAUCUGUGAACACACACAUCAAAUCGGGACAAUCAACAAAGCAGCUGUUUCAUGCGAAAUGCUGCACAAAUAUGAACAAGGAUGGAACGUUGGUCCCUCAAGGUAAAGCACCUAUCUUAGCUGAGCGUUGGCGAGGCUGGAUUCUGUGUAUUUCAGCGAUGGUGCCUCUCAUGCUCAGCAAACACAACCACAAAAUGAAAAUUCUGAUACGCGUGUUUCUUUUCUGAAGUUCUACGCCAGCUGUAGCACGAGUAUAAGCCACUAAAUAAACGCACACCUCAGGAAUUGGUAUAAAAGGUCAAUAAACAAACCUUCUUGAGAACAAACAGUCGUUUGAUGCUCAUGUGUUUAGCAGAGGUUUACUGGUUUUGCCUGGCAGCUGUGCUUAAAACAACUGAAAUGAGAAAUAAAGACUAAUAAAUUCA